AAAAAAAACAAAAAGGAUCUUACCCGUUCAUAGAUCUCAAGACCCACGCCGCUACUGUCCUAUUAGGGAAUGGAUUUGAGAUCCAAAUCCUUAACAAUCCUUAACAAUCAGUAUGAACCAGCCAUAGGAAACCGGCCUUUCUACUGCUUCUACAGCAGUCUCUUCUCUACUUCGGCUACCAUGGAAGAACACUCGGGUACUAGCUCCAAAAGAUUACGGCUUUCUUUUAUUGAGGAUUCUUUCGCUGUCAAACCAAACUGGUCUGACCUUCAACCUGAACUACUGGAAUUGAUAAUUUCAAAGCUAUCUUUCAUAAAUAUCAUUCGCUUGAAGGCUGUUUGUUCUUCUUGGCGUUCCUUUGCAGAAUCCUAUGUCUCUUUUUUGCCUCGAACACCAUGGCUCCUGCUCCCCGGCAACCAAGAACAUCAUGCUCGUUGCUUCUUUAGUCUUGAGGACAAUAAGGUAUAUCAGAUCAAGAAUAUUAGUAAUCUCUUCGGUGAUGAUGCUUGGUGCGUUGGGUCGUCUCAUGGUUGGCUAGUGCUUUUGGAUGAUGAAGCAAAACCCUUCCUCCUCAACCCCUUUUCGCAAGUUCGAAUUCAAUUGCCUACAAUUGAGAGGUUCGUGUUUCUAGUUCAUAAAUCCUACUUCAUCAAGGUGUUGAGAAAGGGUUUUAUCACCAGAGCUAUCUUGUCGUCAGAUCCAUCUCAUGACAACAACUAUGUAGUUGUACUAAUUUUAGGUUAUGUUUCAAGGCUUGCUUUCUAUAAGAAAGGUGUUUCAGGUUGGACUAUUUCUAAUGGUGCAUCUCGGAAAUACUGCGAUAUCAUAUACUGUAAUGAUCUUUUUUAUGCAUUAACUUUGGAUAAUUCCAUUGAAGUCUGGGAUUUUCAUGCUUCUUUGCCAAUAAAGAAUAGGGAAAUCCACCCUUCAGUCCCAAGAAAAAUAAUGGAAGCUACAGAGUGUUUGAGAAGUCCACAUUGUUGCCAAAGUCACUUGGUGGAAUCAUCUGGCGAUCUUUUGCUGGUGUUAAGGUAUUUGGGGAAAGAAGGCAAACUUUGGGUUUGCCCAUAUCGUACACAGAACUUUCAUGUUUACAGGCUGGAUUCCAAUGAUCCGAAUUGGGUGGAAGUAGACAAUUUGAAGAAUGAGGUACUGUUUCUGGCCGGUAACCACUCAAUGUCACUCUCAGCUCAGGAUUUUUCAGGAUUUGAAAAGAAUUCUAUUUACUUCACAGGCGACAUUUGGAACCAGAUGAACAAGGAUUACUCAUAUGCAGGGUAUGAUCUUGGCAAGUUUAGCCUGGAAGAGAAGAUUACGAAACCAUUUUAUGCCUUUGGUUUAGGGAGGACUGGUUCUCCAUCUUUUUGGAUAGUUCCAAAUCCAUAGUGAGAGACAUAUAUGAUUUAUCGUAGUAUGUGUUGUCCAUGUUUUGAUUAAUUGUUCGUAAUGUUCAAACAUUUUUCUUCCAAAAUGAAGUUUAUUGUUUAUCAUAAUUAAAAUGGGCAUUUUCUUUCA